ACAGACCCUUGUUGUUCCUAGCCGCGAGUGCCAGCUUAUUACUCUUGUCCAGUUCUCCAUAAUUUUCCACUACUCACCAGCAAAAAAGAAGGUCAGUUUCUAAUUCUACUUCCGUUUCAAUUCCGUGGUGUGCGACUGAUCUCAAGAUACUCAGAGUUAAAAUUUACAAACCACCUCUUCUAAUUCGUUAUGGAUGCCAAGAAUGAAAGGGGGGCUGGAGAUGCUGGUAAUAAUGGGCUGGAUCUAAACGUUUGUGCCUCGGAGGCUUCCAAGGGUGGAUUGAAGUUUGAAGUGGUAUUAUCUCAAGCUACGGUUCCCACGCCGCCCAGAUCCAUGUCGCCGACCCAUCAAAGCUCAAGACCUCUUGUGUCAGUUGAGAAAAUUCAGCAAAAGCUAGAAUUGGCAGCUGAGCGACGGCAGUCACUUGAAUCAGAAAAGCUGGCGAGCUUGCAAGAAAAAUGGAAGAAAAUUGAUGAAGCUGCAAAAAAGAGAGCUGAAGAAGAACUCAAUUUCAUCAACCAUGCAAAAGGAAAUUUGGAGCAAAAAAUGGAAGCUGUGACGGGAAACCGAGAAACCAUUAUGACGGAUUUGAAAGUUAAACUGAGCAACCAUAACACAAACCAUUUGCAAGAAGUUCGACAAAAUUUGGAAAGCAGCGUCUCGGAAUUUGAAGGAAAAGUGAAAGAAGAUCUCGACAAGAAACUUGAGGUUGCAGAACAAAACCGUGAGAAAGUAAUCCAGACAAAAUUGGAGUCUUUAAAGAAGCAUGAAGAGAAAGUCGAACAAAUUCGAAGUCUUAAGAAAAAUUCUAGCAUGCCAGAAGACGAAUCCAAUGAAAAUGCCGAAAACGUCGUGGUCACUGAUUGAAACAUGUACUGCUUUGACAAAAAAGUCUGCGUUUCCUUCUUAUGUGCUUUAUUUCAUACAUUUUAACAAUAUCUAAUUUCGUAUUUAAUGGUAAUGCCUUUUUGCAUACCAUUGUAGCUUAUGCCAAUGUUCCAUGAUGCAAACAAAAUCUGUUGUAAUAAGACGAUUAGGAAUUAAGUAUUCAGCGUAUAAUAAAUUUGUCUAAUCUAAUUUGCUUAGAAAACGUUAA